AAGUUUCAGUUGUGUUUCAAGUUUUGUGCUCUAAAGUUGAAUAGAAUGUCAAAUAAAGCUGAAAAUAAUGACAAUCGUGCGUUGCAGUCUCUGGAACUUUUUAAAAAUUGGCUUGCUAAGCAUCCCUAUUUAAAAUACACUGGAGAUGAUGACAUUGAUGACCUUUUGAUGGCUUGUUUGAGAAUCAAAAAAUUUUCCAUGCCGAAAGUUUAUGAGAGCUUUGAAUUUAUGGUUCCAUAUGUGAAAUUACAUCCAGAUUGGUAUUCAAAUCCAACUCAAGCUGAUUAUGAAUUCACAGACAAGCCAAAAUCACCUUUGAUAUUUUUGAAUAAUCUUGAUGCUGAAGGACGAAGAAUAUUUGUCCAAAAGUUUAAAUAUUUUGACGAUUUUAAUAAUGCCGAUUAUUUUCGGCGAAUUCUUUUAACUCCAAUGCUUUUAUUUUUUGACAUGGAUGUACAAUUGAACGGUGUUGUGGCUAUUUUUGAUUAUCGAGAUGUAAACUUAAGUAAAUUAAGAAAAGUUCCAGUUCAAAUAAUUUACGAUGGAUUUCGAGCUAGUAAAAGUGGAUUAGUAAGGCUGAAACAGCUGUUCAUGAUUGGAAUGCCUUCAUUCCUUAAACCUAUUUUAGAAAUCGCAAAAUCUUUUACAUCUGCAAAAGUUCUUCAGCGAAUACAUUUUAUUAAUGAUUUGAAAGAAUUGUCACAGCACAUGGAUGUGUCAGUGCUACCUAAAGAGUAUGGUGGAACAUCAACUGAAUUAAUGAAUUAUGAAGCAUUUGAGCUGGGCGUAUGUUAUGUGAAUAAAAUUCAUAAAUUUGAUGUCAAUUUCAGCAAAAUUCGAGAUAAUCAAAAUGUUGGAAGUUUUAGGAAACUGGAAAUAGACUAGAAUUGUG